AGAAUCGGUAGAAUGCCAGCCAGCUAGACAAUGUCAGCCAAGUUAGUUUCCUUACCAUUACGGUUUCCGUUUCCGUCACAACAAAUAACGUUACUCGGCUGGACUAACUAGCUAUACAUGUGGGUUAAAACAGUGUUUAAGUUCAGCGUGUUUGCAAGAAACACAAACAAACCAUCUGGUCGAAGAGGAGGAACCUUGACUGAUUUUUUUGUGUGACCGUCUAUCGCUUUUAUAUUCAGGUUAGCUAGACUAGCUAACUAACUGUUAUACGAUUCUCCGUAGCUAGAUAGGCCAGUUAGAUAGCUAGACUAAUUUCAACCGAAAUGACUAAAUUGCAGCUUCUGAAUACCUUCCUCACCGAACGGUUAAUGGUGGCUGUCCAAGAGAUACUAGAGGUGGUAGGAGACACGGUGUCUGAGUACCAGGAGGAAACUGCCCGAAUAAAGAAAGAAAACGAGAAUCUGAGAUGUAAGCUGCGUGAAGUUGGACUUGUGGCUGAGAUAGCUUGGCAGACAGGUGAACAGCCCACUGCUAUCCCUCUUUCUGGUGUAAAGGCUCCCAAACAGCAGCAGGACUGCAGCUCAGAGCUCAUGCCAGCUGAAGAGAAACAGGAGCUCACUGAGGAACACCCAACCAGAGAGGGAGAAGAGGAGCUGAACGGUGGUCAGAUAACAGUGUCGAGUGAUCGCAAUGAAUGUUUUACAUCAGAACUCAACACACAGGCACCUGAAACAGGGUCAAUAUUCACAAUGAAGAGUGAAUAUGAUCAGAACUCCAACAACCCUUCCCAUCUAUUCAAGAUACGAAUUGUUAACAACAAAGAGACAGACUCACAGCUUAGUAUAGUAUGUGACCAGAUUAAAGCAGAGCCUGUUGGAAUGGAUUAUGGCAUGACAGAACAGCCUGCUACCCCAGAUGUGUUCAUUCCUGAUCGAAAUCCAGACAGUAUCAACAGUGCAAAUGACAGUGGUGUGGAAGGUUGUCCUACAUCACAAUCUGAAACACAGGAGUCUGAAGACAAGCCUGAGGCAGUUAAUGAACAAAGAUCAUAUUGCUGUCCUGAGUGUGGGAAGUCUUUCAGUCACGCUUGCCACCUCAAACUGCACAUGCGAAUUCACACAGGAGAGAAACCAUACUGCUGUACAGAGUGUGGAAAGUGUUUUAGUCAUGCAGGACAUUUUAAAGUUCAUCAACGAAUUCACACUGGAGAGAAACCAUACAGCUGUCCUCAAUGUGGGAAAUGUUUUAAACAAAUAGGGCAUCUAAAUGCGCACCUUCGAAUUCACACGGGAGAGAAACCAUAUAUCUGCACUGUUUGUGGAAAGAGGUUCAUUGGAUCAGACACCCUCAAAGUUCACUGUCGAAUUCACACUGGAGAGAGACCAUAUUGUUGCACUCCAUGUGGGAAGGCUUAUAAUAGGAGGACACAUCUCAAUGUCCACUUACGUACUCCCUCACACCUCAAGAAAGUACAAGCAUUGUUAUCCUGAAGAGUAGUUGUGUGAUCUACAGUUUGGAUUUCUGCUAUUUUUUUCUUCAGACUUACAAGGCAUAAAGUCUGAAAGCCUGUUGUGUUGCAUUUUGUAUUGUAUUGCAUGUUUGUAAUCCAUUUAUCACAAUUUGCUGACUCGUGUUGUAUUUAACACAGUUUCUCAGGCCUGGUCUCUAGAUAUAACGUUCAUCAGUGCUUAAAGUCAUCACACAUUCAUCAUGGUUAGAUUUUUCUCUUUAAAUCUAAACAUGACAGCUUCAGUUUGAAAAUAACUCAUUGUAGAAUGUUGUGUAAAACAACAGGAUUCUGUCUGUAAAUGACUGAAACAUUAUACACUGACAUCUUAUGUCUGUGUUUGAAGACAAAGAGGAACUUGAGAAAUUUGGAUAAUGUCUUCACAGAGAGCAGGUGUACAAUACACUGCAUUACAGAAUAGAAUAAAUCUGGAGUUGCUGUAGGUAUGAAUAUAACACUGAUGAAAUUUAGACUGCUGAAAACAGAUACACUACAUAAA